AUGGGAGACUGGAAUUUCCUUGGAGGCAUUUUAGAGGAGGUCCACAUUCAUUCUACUAUUAUUGGAAAGAUUUGGCUAACUAUCCUCUUCAUAUUUCGAAUGCUUGUCCUUGGGGUGGCCACUGAAGAUGUCUGGAAUGAUGAACAAUCAGAAUUUAUAUGUAAUACUGAGCAACCUGGUUGCAGAAAUGUGUGCUAUGAUGAGGCCUUUCCAAUCUCUCUAAUAAGAUACUGGGUCUUGCAAGUUAUAUUUGUGUCUUCCCCUUCUUUGGUGUAUAUGGGUCACGCCUUAUACCGACUAAGAGCCUUAGAAAAAGAGAGGCAAAAAAAGAAAGCUCAGGUCAGGGUGGAACUUGAAAGCACUGAAUUAGAAAUGACCGAAAAUCGAAAAAGGCUGGAGAGAGAACUCCGGCAGCUGGAUCAAAGAAAGCUAAACAAAGCACCCUUGAGAGGCUCCCUGCUCUGCACUUAUGUAAUACAUAUUUUCACUAGAUCUGCAAUGGAAGUUGGUUUUAUGAUUGGGCAAUAUCUUCUAUACGGUUUUCAGCUUGAUCCCCUUUAUAAAUGUCAGAGAGAUCCAUGUCCAAACAUAGUUGACUGCUUUGUAUCAAGACCAACAGAAAAGACAGUGUUUAUAUUAUUUAUGCAAUCAAUAGCAACUGUGUCGUUGCUCUUAAACAUCUUAGAAAUUAUCCACCUAGGAUUCAGAAAAAUUAAAAUGGGACUCUGUGGACAGGGAAAAAACAAGGAUGACCUUGAUGAUUUCUAUGUAAAUAAAUCUAAGAAAUACUCUGCAAUACCACACUCUUCUUUGGGAGUAUCUGUGACUCCACAAAAAACUCUUCCUUCUGCACUUAGUGGUUAUACCUUUUUAAUGGAAAAGCAAACUGAUGCCACUGUCUACCCUGUUCUAAGCACUCCUGCUGUGUUUCAGUCUAUUCAGAAUAACCGUGCUGAAAGUAGCAACAGCUGCACCCAUCACAACCAGGAAAAUAAACUGCCAGAGCAGAGGCCAGCUACAAAUGCUUUAGACAAUCAGAUUCAAAAUACUAGCACCAAUAAUAAUGAAGGCUUAAUUAGGGAGCUAGUUACCGAAGGAAACGAAUCUCAAAAAGAAGCUGAAAAGAAACAUUUCCCUGUUUGUACUCAGAGUGCAGAUGCUACUUCAAGUGUGUGUUUGGGAAGCUUUGCUGAAAUGCUUUCUCAGGCUUCACCGCAAUGUGAUAGCUUUCCUAUUAACAGCUGGAGAAGACAACAUGGAGUCAGCACCUCCUGGAACUGCUCUACAGUGGUUGAGAGUGCCAGGUCCUCGACCAAUUCUCUCCAGAAUGGCCACAGAAGACCAAGCAGCUUCAGCACAAGCAAAAGCCACACUUCCUCCAAAAAUGACCCAAAACCCCUCAGCAGAGCAGACACCCCUGACGCUGGUGGGGAGGAGAGCUUCAAAUCCAAACACAGUAGGAGCUGCGGCAGUGCUCUGCCAUUCCCUCUCCCCAGGCGAAUAUCAUUGACAAGCACUGCCAGCAGCAGGCGUGCCCCCACUGAUCUUCAAAUUUAGCAUAAAUUGAUGAGCAAAUGACACUAGCGAAUGUUGUGAGAAUUGCUAGACAGUGCAAUCUAAGUAACAGCUGCUUUUAAGAGUAGCUAAAUUCUUCAACUUUAAC